ACCAUCCAGCCUCUUGCCCGACAAGAGACACAUAUAAAAUCUCAAAGACGAGAGCUUUUCUUUCGUGUAUAUAUCGAUCCGACCCAUUCCCGUUUCGUUCUUAAUUUACAGAGAAAAGGAAGGGGCAACGACGAGCACUGACGACAAUGCCGUACGCGGCUGUACGUCCUUCGCCGCCGCCGCCGCCGCAGCAGCUCAGCCGGAUCGGCUCCGGCGGCGGUAAGGCGUGCCUGGGGGCGUGCACGGCGCUCGCGGCGGUGCCGGCGGGUGACCUGGCGAGGUACCACGAGCACGCGGUGGGCGCGGGGCAGUGCUGCUCCGUCGUGGUGCAGGCGAUCGCGGCGCCGGCGGACGCGGUGUGGUCGGUGGUGCGGAGGUUCGACCGGCCGCAGGCGUACAAGAAUUUCAUCAAGAGCUGCCGCCUCGUGGACGGCGACGGCGGCGAGGUGGGGUCGGUGCGGGAGGUCCGCAUCGUGUCCGGGCUGCCGGCCACCAGCAGCCGCGAGCGGCUCGAGAUCCUGGACGACGACCGCCGCGUUCUCAGCUUCCGGAUCGUCGGCGGCGAGCACCGCCUCGCCAACUACCGCUCGGUGACCACCGUCCACGAGGCUGCGGCCACGCCGGUGAUGAUGACCGUGGUGGUCGAGUCUUACGUCGUGGACGUGCCGCCGGGGAACACCAAGGAUGAGACGCGCAUGUUCGUCGACACGAUCGUGCGCUGCAACCUCCAGUCGCUUGCGCGGACGGUCGAGCGGCUCGCGCCGGAAUCGCCGCGCGCCAACUGAUCGAUCAUGCACGACGCAUGCAUAUGCCAGGCGAGACACAGCCGGCUGAGCCGCCCUUAUUUUGAGGGCCUUCGUGUUAAUGGACAUUUUAUAUGUAUCUUCUCUUCUUUUAUGUGUCAGGAAUUAGAUAGCGCUAGCUUGAUUUUGUCUUAGACUGGUUUAAUUCUCUUCUUUUGACAGAUUAAGUAGAGUGUAAUGCACAUGUAGUGUCAGGAUUAACCUUGAUCAUAAUAAUGUUCACUUCUUUUUUCUCUUAGGACAUGCAUUGAGUUUUUGAGACGACCAGUAAGCCAGCCACAAGCUAGCUAGCUGUAAUAUAUAUGAACUUGUCAUAGUGCAAAUUUGCAAAGUAGCUAGUUUUGUCGAUCUGUAUACGGAAUAUAUUUUUAGCGAAAUGUUCUUACUAACUUCUAUCGGUAACAACAUUGUUUAC